AUGGCUGCUAAAUCGGACGGGGUGCUGAAGAUAAAGAAGAGCGACGUGGCCUUUACCCCCCUGCAGAACUCGGAGCACUCGGGCUCGGUGCACGGGCUCCACCCGGGCGCCCAGCCUGACUCCGGAGGCCCCGGGGAUGGAGACUUCGUGAACGGGGAGUCGCGGUGCUGCGGCGGGGGAGGCUCCAACACGCCGUGCCUUCAGCUGGGCCGGGAGCAGCAGAAAUACACGCUAUGGGACUGCUUGUGGAUCGUGGCUGCAGUGGCAGUGUAUCUGGCCGACGUGGGCACCGAUGUGUGGCUGUCCGUGGACUACUACCUCCGCAGAGACUACUGGUGGUUCGGCCUGACGCUCUUCUUCGUGGUGCUAGGGUCCUUCUCGGUGCAGCUCUUCAGCUUCAGAUGGUUCGUCCAUGACUUCAGCACCGAGGACAGCGCCGAGUCCUCCGCCGAUUGCUCCCACAUGGACGGGAAUAAGCUGCUGAGCGGCUCGGCUUCUCACGGGGAUGUGACCGCGCAGCAGCACCCGGCCACGCCGCAGAGGCAGGCGUCGACCGCCAGCAAGAACACCACGACCACCAGCACGGCGAGCACCGGGGCCCGGAGGAGACCGUCGGCCUACUACUCCUUCUGCGUCUGGUUCACCCAGUCCGUCAUCCACAUCCUGCAGCUGGGGCAGAUCUGGAGGUAUUUCCAUACCAUCUACCUGGGCAUCAGGAGUCGACAAAGUGCAGAGACAGAGCGCUGGCGUUAUCACUGGAGGAUGGUCUACGAGUUUGCAGACGUGAGCAUGCUCCACCUACUCGCCACCUUCCUGGAGAGUGCACCACAACUGGUGUUACAGCUGUGCAUCAUCAUACAGACGCACAAGCUGCAGGCUGUACAAGGAAUGACAGCAGCAGCCUCCCUUGUCUCCCUCGCCUGGGCUCUGGCAUCCUAUCAGAAAGCCCUCAGAGACUCUCGAGAUGACAAGAAGCCAAUCAGCUACCUGGCUGUCAUCAUUCAGUUCUGCUGGCACUUCUUCACCAUCGCUGCCCGGGUCAUCACCUUCGCCCUGUUUGCAUCUGUGUUCCAGCUCUACUUUGGCAUUUUCAUCGUCCUGCACUGGUGCAUCAUGACCUUCUGGAUCGUCCACUGUGAGACGGACUUCUGCAUCAGCAAGUGGGAGGAGAUUGUGUUUGAUAUGGUCGUGGGGAUAAUCUACAUCUUCUCCUGGUUCAACGUCAAGGAAGGACGCACAAGGUAUCGUCUGUUUAUCUACUACCUGGUGAUUCUGGUGGAGAACGCUGCUCUCAGCGCGUUGUGGUACCUCUACCGCUCACCGCCUACGACUGACGCCUUUGCCGUACCAGCACUCUGUGUCAUCUUCAGCAGUUUUCUCACCGGUGUGGUCUUCAUGCUCAUGUACUACGCCUUUUUCCACCCCAAUGGGCCACGCUUUGGACGCUCGCUGAGCGGGCAGGGUCUGGACCUGGACCCCACCUCCCAGUUCUCCACACUUCCAUCUGAAGGUGCCACCAACUCGCUACGCUCCAACCGCGGCGCCACCACGACACUGGAGAGGGACAUGGGGAAGUACUCCGAGCGUGACGGCUGUAUGCCCGUCUUUCAGGUUCGACCCACGGUGCCAUCUACCCCAUCGUCUCGUGCUCCGCGCCUCGAUGAGACUGUCAUCAAGAUCGACCUCUGUAGGAACCGCUACCCAGCCUGGGAGCGCCACGUUCUCGACCGCAGUAUACGAAAGGCAAUACUGGCCAUAGACUGCUCACUCACUCCUCCACGGCUGCAGUACAAAGAUGACGCUCUGGUUCAGGAGAGGCUGGAGUACGAGACCACGUUAUAG